GGAGGCGUGUAACGGCCGCGGACGCGAGCGGGCGGGCCCCGGAGGGGAGGGGCACCCCAGAGCUCCGACGCCUGCGGGGGAGCCCCCCGAAGUGAGGGAACCCGAACUGCUGAGGAUAUUGCUGAAUGGCGUAAACGUCCCCUGAGUCCCUCGACGGCUGCCGGGGGUUACCAGACAGAUACGGGGAGUGGUCUUCAGGAGCUUACUGCCGCUGUUUCCUCAUAGUCACAAGAUGGCUGCCACCGCUCCAGUCAUCAUAUCCAACUUUAAGUCAGAAAGAAGGAUAAAGGAACUACAAUACUGUCCCUUUUAUCAACAAAGCAUUAGCUGUCCCAGGAGUCUUCCAGCUGACUUCUGGAACAUCUCGUUGGCCAGAACUGGAUCAUGACCAUGCCUUGCUGCAGGCCCUGCUUCUAGAGCUGGAGUCGGCAGCCAGCUGAGGCUGCAGGAAAGGAGGCAGAUGGAGUGGCACUUGGGCCAGGCGUUGGGACAAGGCGAAGCGGCCGACCCAGAAGUGGCUGAGCUAGGUGCUGGCCAGGCAGAGGGACAGGGGCCUUUCUGGAAGAGACUGGAUAAAGAACUGGCAGAGACCAGAUCCCAACUAUUUUGUACAUUGAAAGGCUCUGCCACCCAUCCCUCUCUGCUGGGUGCUGUGUUGCAGAUCGAUGGGCUGGAGGAGAAGCUGUCACGGUGUAGGAAAGACUUGGAGGCAGUAAACUCCAGGCUCCACGGGGCGGAGCUGAGCCCAGAGGCCAGGAAGUCUCUGGAGAAGGAGAAAAACAGCCUGAUGAGCAAAGCCUCCAACUAUGACCUGACCUGCCAAGAAUCAGCCCUAGAACAGUCCAGAGAAGGAGCUACAGUUGCUUCGACAGGAGAACCGGAGGAACAUGGUGCUCUCGGUGGCCAUCUUCAUCCUCCUGACCUUCAUCUAUGCCUGCUGGACCAUGUGAGCCUGAGGUUUCUCUACGGUCAGCACAGGGUCCCCUGGGCCUCCUGGUCACUACCAAGCAGGCCCUUCAAGCCUCAAGACAGCCAAGGUACAGGAGCAUUUCUCCUCAACCCAGACACUGGAGCAGGACUUCAGCCCCUCUUGCCUCCUGGUCCCGCUCUGGGGCCUGAGUCUCCAGGACUGUGUGUUGGUUCCUCCCUCAGCCCAAGGGAAAGGCAAUAAAGAACAGCCACACUGC